CGUCCCAGCACCGCCCAGACCCUCCAGGCCAGCAUGAUCGCGGGAUUGGGGCCGGUGCUGCAGGCGGUGCUGGGGACGUUGCUCACCUGGGGGCUGACAGCAGCGGGGUCAGCGCUGGUGUUCGUGUUCUCCAGUGGCCAGAGGCGAAUCCUGGAUGGGAGCUUGGGCUUUGCUGCGGGGGUGAUGCUGGCAGCGUCCUACUGGUCCCUGCUGGCCCCGGCCAUCGAGCUGGCCGAGGAGUCUGGAGCCUUCGGAGCCUUCUCCUUCUUCCCUGUGGCUGCAGGAUUUGCCCUGGGGGCAGCGUUUGUCUAUGGGGCUGACCUGCUGCUCCCGGAGCUGGGUUUCUCUGGCCCCUCCCUGGCCCUGAGCUGUGAGCAGCGAGCCCUGAAGGAGAAGCAGGAGCAGGAGCCUGGCCGGGAUUUUGGGAAUGAGCUGUGGAUGCACAACGAGCUGUCCAUCAGGAUAGGUAGAGCUGGGCUGCAGCCAGGCAAGCAUCCUGUCACACACAGCCCAGAGCUCCCUGCUCCCCUGUGCAUUUUCGGGUGA